AUGCAGGCGGUGAGGGAGAAGCUCAGUGACAUAAGCGCUAUGCGCAAGGCCAAAGCGGAAGCCAAGGCCGAAGAGAAGGUGGAGAAGGAGAUAGCAAGGGCACGAGUCCAGAUGGCUCAUGAGCUCAGGAAAGCAAAAGAAGCGGAAGCCAAGAUGGAUCUCCAUGUGGACAAAGCCGCACAAAAGGCCGAGGAACAGAUUGCAAAGCACUCCCCCUCGCCUCCAACCCACACCGAGCCACAGCUCACUCAUGCACCCAUUUCUGGUACCACUGACCAUCAUGGCCACUACGACGACAAUUUUGCUGAUCCAAUUUUACGAGAUGGAGCAGAACCAGUUAGUGAAGGUGAGGUGCAUGACUAUACCAAAUCAGGUGAUGAAAAUGAGGGUGGUAAGGAGACUGGUGGGUUAGAGGAAUGUGCAAUAGGAGGAGCAAUAGUAGUAGUUGAACAUGGCACUAAAGGGAUACAACUUACCAUAUGA